AUCAGUCACCAUUAGGUAUAUGCGAUUCCGAUGCUGCGCUGCAUAACAGCUGCUUACAGUCUUCGGAGAAAUUUAAGCUCACAGACGCAUGAUCAGGGUUCGUUCAAUCUGCAGAGUUAAAACAUUCCCCCUUAAGUUCUGAAUCCCCGUCAGGAUACGCCACGCUGGCACUACCCUGACAUGAAACCCCCAGCGCUUUCGUCAGAGGUCCGAUAACAGUGGAGCAUGAAGUGAUCGUCUUUAUGGCGGACGUGGAUGCGUGCAGGUUCCGGUACUAAAUCCUGGAGUAUAAGAAGCUCGACGUUUUUGAGAGAAAAACAACAAACCAUCUCACUGUGAUUCUCUGUCUACAUUAGCAGAACUCUCAUAGACUAGUGGAUACCCGCUGCUGAUUAUUCCCUACCUGCUGCACUCGCGUCCUCCCGUUAUCUGACCAUGGCUCUCCCACCGGAGGCCGGCCUCGAGUUCGUCGGCAGUGAUAACCUCCACAAUGAUAUCUAUCCUGCGAUCGAUGUCGCCAAAUCCAGCCACCUUCAACAGCCUGGAAAAGUCGUCUUGAUCACCGGAGCGGGCCGCGGCAUCGGACGAGCCAUGGCGAUUCAAUACGCGCUUGCAAAUGUCAGUACCAUCGUGCUCACCGCACGAACCGGGAGCGAACUUGAUGAGGUGGAAGCUCGUAUCAAAGAAUCAAACCCGAAAGUGACCGUGAGGAAAGAGGUGUUCAGCGUAACAGACGGCCACGCGAUCAAAGAACUUGCGCAGCGAAUCGAACAAGACUUUGGACGUCUUGAUAUCUUGAUAAACAACGCGGGUCUCACUCAUGCCUGGGAGCCGAUUCUUGACACAGACCCGGAAGUUUACUGGCAGGUGCUAGAAGUCAAUCUUCACGGACCACUCCUUACCACUCAUGCCUUUUUGCCUCUGCUAGUCAAGACCGCGGAAGCACACUCUACGCACGUCAACCUCAUCAACAUCACGUCGCUUGGAGCUAUCACAGUCGUGCCGGGCGGUAGCUCGUACGGAAUUUCUAAGCUCGGCCUGCAGAAGUUGAGCGAGUUCGUUGGGGUGGAGUACGGUGCAAAGGGAGUUAACGUGACCGGCAUACACCCUGGGGGUGUUGCUACAAAACUGUCAGACGGAAUUAGCCAAGUCCAACACCUUGUGACCGAAACGACUGAGCUUUGUGGUGGAUUCGUUGUAUGGCUGAGUAACCAAGACCGAGCGUGGUUGAAUGGGAGGUAUCUUAGUGCCACGUGGGACGUAGAAGCCUUGGAAAAUAUGAAGGAGGAGAUCGUCAAAGGGGAUAAGCUGAAGGUCAAGAUGGUCAUCUGAAGUAUUCAAUGAGGACGAUUGUGACAUCUUAGUCUCAUCACAGUGGCGCCUCUGGAGAUUAUGUCCCGAAGAGUAAGACAUUGGUACAAGUGAUGACGAGAAGUUGGCGUAUGGAAGUGUUGUACAGAGUUCGUCGCUGUGUAAGAAUUACAAUACCUGCCAAGCUAUAGCUUAUCAAUCAUCAUACAUACGCACGGUUAGGUCGAGGUUACAGUCAUGUAACAAGAAAGAGUUCUCUGGGAUUCAAUCAGACACUAAGAUAACAACAUGACCCUGCGUACAGG